AUGAAUACGUCUUCUUCGUGUAAGCAUCGUUGCGCCAGUUUCCACGUCGCGGCCUUUACGGGUCGACUCCACGAAACGGAGACAUGCUUCACGGGAAUGCAUGUCAUGUACCCGGAGCCGGCGUCGCAAUACCACAGCAGUCAGCCCCAGUGCCCGCAGCCAGAGUACCAGCCGGCAGCAUCGCCGGCCUUUCAGCAGCCAGCUAAGAAGCGCCGCUUACUGAGCCCCACACAAACGCAACACCAUAACGGAAUACCACACGCACAGCUUGACAACAGCGGCUACAAGGUCGGCAAACGAGCAGACGGAUUACCUGAUGUUAAGCAAUCAGCGCCGCCCAUGGACACCCGCAACGGAGGAGUUACAAGUGCGUUGCCGACCUUUUAGGGAUUAGGGAUUUGGAGGUUAAGGGAUUGAGGAGGGAUUGAGGGAGGGGAAGGAUUGGGCCUCCGGUAACCUCACUCACACGGCGAAACACAACGCUGUGGUUGUUUCACGCCGGUUUUCUGUGAGGCCGUGGUAUCACUCCGGUCGAGCCGACCCAUUCGUGCCGAAGCAUGGCUCUCCCACACUUAAAGAUGAUAGAUUUAAGCAUACAGAGAUAUAGGGAGGGAAAAAGCGACUUUAUACUAUGUAGUGAUGACACAGGCGUCCUUG